AGCCUUUCCCGAUGAUGGCCCCGUCAAAACAAUAUCGCUCGUCAGAUGGAACAGUUUGCCCGUUUUAUCGCUCGUAAAGUUAAUAAAUUAGUUCUUUCGGUCACGGUUGUCGGUGUGCCAGAUUAUACACAGUGAAGUGACUUUCAAGUGGAGCCAUGCAAUAGAAAAUUUUGGCUGGAUUCGAGUGGAAUUUAAAAGCCACCCCAGAGCUCUACAUUGUUCCCCUUUCACGAGCUAUGACUCAGAGCUUCAAGGACGCAAUGAAGUCGAGAUUGAUCUAUUUUUUGCUCAUUUGUGGAUUUCUUUUCACCACUUUCUAUAACGUUGCAUCGGACGUUCAGCUCCCGACGGCUGGAAAUGGAGGAGCCAUUGGAAGUUUAUCAACUGUUACUGUAGCGAAAGAUCCAGAUGUUAACCGAACGACAGUUCCAAUCGAAGAACAUCAGCCGGUCAAGGAGGAUUUGGUGAAGGAACUCCCGAAAAAUGCCACGACGACUAUGUCACCGGAGAAGAAUGCGGUCGAACAGGAACACUAUAGUUCGAUGUCAAUAUUUUUCGUUCUGUGCGUUAUCGCGCUCGGGAUCCUUUUAAUUCACAUGAUGCUGCAGACCGGAUUCCAGUACCUACCGGAAAGCAUCGUAGUGGUAUUUCUUGGGGCGUUGAUUGGACUGAUUUUAAACAAUUCUUCCGUAAAGCACGUUGCCAACUGGGAACGAGAGGAAGUGUUCUCGCCGACGGCGUUCUUCCUGGUUCUUCUACCGCCGAUUAUCUUUGAGUCCGGAUACAAUCUGCACAAGGGUAACUUUUUCCAAAAUAUUGGAUCGAUUUUGGUGUUUGCCAUCAUUGGAACAACCAUCUCAGCGCUGGUAAUCGGUUCUGGUGUGUAUUUGUUGGGCCUGGCGGAAGUCGCUUAUAGGUUGAACUUUGUGGAAUCUUUUGCCUUUGGUUCACUGAUUUCGGCUGUGGAUCCGGUGGCAACGGUUGCCAUAUUCCACGCGUUGGAUGUGGACCCUAUACUGAACAUGUUGGUGUUUGGUGAAAGUAUCCUGAAUGAUGCCAUUUCGAUUGUGCUGACGACAACGGUAAUGCCAAUGGUUUCCGGAUCCGGCUCGGAGGGUACCGGGGAAUCGAUCAUAUCGGCUUUAAACACUUUCUGCCUGAUGUUCUUCGCGUCGGCUGGCAUUGGAGUGGUGUUUGCGUUGAUGGGUGCUCUGCUACUCAAACACGUGGAUCUUCGAAAGCAUCCGUCGCUUGAAUUUGGACUGAUGUUGGUAUUUACCUAUGCACCGUACGUUCUCGCCGAAGGUAUUCAUUUAUCAGGAAUUAUGGCAAUUCUGUUCUGCGGUAUCGUGAUGUCCCACUACACACAUUUCAAUCUGUCCACGGUAACUCAAAUCACGAUGCAACAGACGAUGCGAACGUUGGCCUUUGUGGCGGAAACGUGCGUCUUUGCCUAUCUUGGAUUGGCAAUAUUUUCCUUCAAGCACCGCUGCGAGCUCUCGUUCGUUAUCUGGGCAAUCAUCUUGUGUCUGAUCGGCCGAGCGUGUAACAUUUUCCCUCUGGCGUGGUUGGUCAAUCGAUUCCGCGAGCACAAGAUCACCAACAAAAUGGCUUUCAUAAUGUGGUUUUCCGGCCUGCGGGGUGCAAUUUCCUACGCGCUUUCGUUGCACUUGCAGUUCUCCAGUGAGGAAACGAGACAUGUCGUGAUCACUACCACCCUUAUUAUCGUACUCUUUACGACACUGUUCUUCGGUGGAUCAACCAUGCCACUGAUGAAGUAUCUGGCCGGUGGAAAGAAAAGCAGAAGAACUGUUCGCAGUAGCCGGUUGGGAAGGAAGAAGAAGGAGAAGGUUCUUUCACUGAGUAAGACGCGCGAAUGGGGGCAAGCGAUUGAUUCGGAACAUUUAUCGGAACUGACGGAAGAGGAGGAAGUGAGCUUUACGCAGUCGAAGUUGGUUGGGUUCGCUCGGUUGGAUAGGAAGUAUUUUACACCGUUCUUCACUCGACGAUUCACACACCAGGAACUUCACGAUUGCAAGAGCCAGAUGGCUGAUCUGACGAAUAAGUGGUACCAAGCGAUCCGAAUAUCGCCGGAUGAUCUGGACGAGGAGGAUGACGAAGAUGGGGAUGCUGUUUCCAUUGCAGCAUCCGACCGGUCGACCAACAUCCUGGUCGACAGCGGUAGUGCUGUCCGAGGGAAGCAGAGCAAUGCCACGACGGCAUCCGCUGGUGGUCCCAGUAGGGCAAAAUCCUGAUUCCGACAGCAACUGCAGGAGCAGGAUGACAGCUCACUGUACAACACCUCACUAGACGUGGGGUCGGAAAUAUUCCUGUGAACUUGCACGGGUCGGUAGAUAUGGUUAUAUUUAUAAAUAUUUAUCGAAAACAACAUAAGCUAAAGAGGCCAAGUGAAACGAUUAACUAUUUUGGGCAAGUGUGCUGUGAAGAAACCUUUCAAGAGGGCAAACACAAUGGGAAAGGGUCAAAGUUAUAUAACCAAAAAACAGUCACUCAUCGCUGGUUGAACUGUAAUUAAUGUAAUUUUUUAUAUCUUGUAGUUAUAAUGUUGUAAACAAAUAAUGAUUCAACUUUUCUCAUUCUGAAGUUACCUACAACAAUAGACACUAAUACUGGCGCUGAAGGGACAACAUCCCGAUAAAUUAUUAAAAA